CUAAAAUACUUGAAACUUGGUCAGAUAGAUAUUUUCCCAGCAAGUCUCCUGGAUCUCCUGAACUUUGUCUUCCCAGAAUCAUCAAUCAAAACUCUUUCUCUUCAAGCUUUAAAACCAAAAAAAUGACAAUACUUUCCUCUCUCGGAAGAGCCUCUAGAUCUGCUCCACUUGCCUCUAAGCUCCUCCUUCUCGGCACUCUCAGUGGUGGAAGUUUAGUAGCCUACUCAGACUCUAACAAAAAAGAGGAUCAGCAACAGCAAAAGAAGAAAAAAAAAGUAGUUGUACUUGGCACAGGAUGGGCUGGUAUAAGCUUCCUUAAAGAUCUCGACAUCUCUUCCUACGACGUUCAAGUUGUCUCUCCACAAAACUACUUCGCCUUCACUCCACUGUUACCUAGCGUCACUUGUGGCACUGUUGAAGCUAGAAGCAUUGUUGAAUCUGUCCGCAACAUAACCAAAAAGAAAAAUGGAGAAAUUGAGUUAUGGGAAGCAGAUUGUGUCAAGAUCGAUCCCACCAAUAACAAAGUUCACUGCCAACCAGUUUUCAAAGACGACCCUGAAGCAAGCCAAGAGUUUUCACUCGAAUACGACUACUUGAUCAUAGCAGUGGGAGCACAAGUCAACACGUUUGGCACUCCUGGUGUUCUUGAGAACUGUCAUUUUCUUAAAGAAGUGGAGGAUGCGCAGAGGAUUCGUAGAGGAGUGAUUGAUUGCUUUGAAAAGGCACUUCUUCCUGGUCUCACUGAGGAGCAGAGAAGGACAAAGCUUCAUUUUGUUAUAGUGGGAGGUGGUCCUACUGGUGUGGAGUUUGCAGCUGAGUUACAUGACUUUAUAGAAGAGGAUAUUACUAAGAUAUAUCCGUCGGUCAAGGAACUUGUGAAAAUAACACUCAUUCAAUCUGGAGAUCAUAUCUUGAAUUCGUUUGAUGAACGUAUCAGUUCAUUUGCUGAACAAAAGUUCUUGAGAGAUGGCAUUGAUGUUCUGAUGGGAAUGCGUGUGAUGUCUGUCUCUGAUAAAGACAUCUCUGUGAAGAUCAAAUCAAGUGCAGAAGUUGUAAGCCUACCUCAUGGAUUGAUACUGUGGUCCACUGGUGUUGGGACUCGUCCUGUAAUCAGUGACCUCAUGGAGCAAGUUGGCCAAGGAGGUAGACGAGUCUUAGCAACCAACGAGUGGUUACAGGUGAAAGGAUGUGAGAAUGUAUAUGCAGUUGGAGAUUGUGCUUCCAUAGCUCAACGCAAAAUCAUGGGAGAUAUUGCGAAUAUAUUCAAAGCUGCAGAUGUGGAUAACUCAGGGACAUUGACAGAAGAUGAAUUACAAGACGUGGUUGAGGAUAUCAAUGUGAGGUACCCACAGGUUGAGCUGUACUUGAAAAGCAAGCAUGUGAGGAGUAUCAAAGAUCUUUUGACUGAUUCAGAAGGUAAUCCAAAGAAAGAAGUAGACAUCAAGGCUUUUGAAUCAGCUCUCUCUGGGGUUGAUUCACAGAUGAAGAGCCUGCCUGCAACUGCUCAGGUUGCUGCUCAGCAAGGCUCUUAUCUUGCAAAAUGUUUUAAUAAGAUGGAGCAUUGUAAAGAACAUCCUGAAGGUCCUAAGCGGUUUAGAACUGGAGGGCAUCACCAGUUUCGUCCCUUCCAGUACAAGCAUUUUGGACAGUUUGCUCCAUUGGGAGGGGACCAGGCAGCAGCUGAACUACCAGGAGAUUGGGUUUCAGCUGGAAGAAGCACACAGUGGCUCUGGUAUUCUGUUUAUGCCAGUAAGCAAGUUAGCUGGAGAACAAGGGCUUUGGUAGUGUCUGACUGGACCAGGAGGUACAUCUUCGGGAGGGAUUCAAGCCGUAUUUGAGUGCCAAAGUAGUGUUCUUUGUAAUGUGUUUUGUGAGAUUGUCUGACCAGGAUUCAGUGUGUUGUUUGUUUUUGGUGUAAAUCCCACAAAGCUGUGGACUCCUUGUGAUUAGUAAUGAAGCAAAACCUUUUUUUUUAUUAUUAGUGGAGCUUGGUAUAUAUGGGCCACGGCCCAGUAUAAACCAUGGGUAAAUUAUUUGGGCCUUAGGCGCCUCAUUUAAUUUGGGCCCACGGAAUAAUCUUGUUUAAUCCAUAAUGAAUAAAUU